CAUAUGAUAGCGACGAAGAAAGAAGGGCAGGGACAAGAAAAUCAACAUCUUCAUCAGAAGGCAAGAAGAGCUAGGAGAACUUCUGGGAAGAACAGGAAGACUAGAACACCUGCUUCUCGUAAAGCAGCCGCUGACGCUCUGAAGGCAGAGGAAGACGCUGCGAUGAGAGCGGCGAAACGUGCAGCAGACAAAGCAGAAGCUGCGAGCGAGGCAGAAGAGCGAGAAGAGAGGCAACGAGAAGCAGCAGAAAAGGCUGAGCGUGCUGCGCAGGCUGAAGCCGAUAAGCAAAGGGAGAAGGAAAUCGCCAUCGAAAAGAAGAAGCGGGAAAAGGCUGAGCAAGCUGCACGUGAAAAGGCGCAGAAAGAGAAACGACGAGCAGCGAAGGAAAAAGCAGAGCGUGCUGAAGCUGCGCAAAAGAAAGCUCGACAGGAAAAAGCUGAGAGGGAAGCUGCUGAGAAAAAAGCCAAACAGGAGAAAGCCGAAAAAGACGCCUUAGCGAAGAAGGAGCAGGAAGAACGACGCCUGGCUGAAGCAAAGGCUAAGAAGGAGGCUGCUGACAAGGCGGCUGCGGAAGCGAAAGAAGCAGCCGCUGAGAAGGCAGCGGCGAAAGAAAAGGCGGAAAAAGAAGCCGCUGAGAAAGCUGCAAAGGAAGCUGAGGCCGCAGAGCAGCGUGCCAAGAAAGCGAAAGAAGCAGAAAUCGAACGAGAACGCGCAGAAAAGGCUGCACGCGUCAAGGCUGAGCAAGAGAAGCAAAAAGCAGAGCAAGAUUAUGGGUUCUUGUCGACUUUCAGCUCGUAGUUGCAGUUCGCAUAAUUUUUUCUGUCUGUGUCGGACUCCGACGUUUGUUCUUCAAGAGGAGGAAAAGGAGAACGUCGUUCCCUGCUCUAGUCUCUCUGUAACGGAAAGUCGCUGUGGUAAAAAGAUCUACUUAUGUUGACCUAAUCCGCAUCAUUUCGAGUCCACUUCUAACAACAGAAGCAAAAAGCGGAACUCGAGAAGGAGAAGGCUGCUGCUGCCGAGCGUGCAGCCGAAGAAAAAGCGCGAGAGGCGAAGGAGGCCCUCAAACGUAAGGAAGCUGAGGCCAAGGCAAACGCACAGAAGGCCAAACGACAGGAGGCUGCUGAACGUGCUGAGGCUGCGAAGCGUCGUCAAAAGGAGCUUGCAGAGGAAAAGAAACGGGAGAGGGAGAUCGCCGCACGGGAGAAAGCUGAGGCAGCACGCGAGAAGGCUGAGACAGCAAGAGAAAAAGCAGAUGCAGAUCGAGAAAAUGCCGAUGCAGCCCGCGAAAAGCAGGUAGCGAAAGAUCUUGAGCGAAAAGCGGAGCAGAAAGCGCGUUCAGAGGCUGAAAAAGAGCUAGCGAAGGCAAAGGAAAAACUUGAAGAGUUAUGGCUUCGUGUUCCUGCAACUAAGUUUAAGCACCCUAACACUUCUUGUGUGAAAUAAGAUGAAGAUCGAUGGUUGUACGAAGUUGUAGAACAACUUCUUGAAAUGUUUGAAAAACUGUUGAGCUACAGCUUGUACUUGUUGUGUUUGUGGUGUUGAUUCGACCCCACCUCUAAAGCAAGCCUCCGCCAAGAAAGCCAGAGAGGAGUGCAGCGACGCUGUGCGAGACAAGCUCGCGAAGGCCAAUGAGCGUGCGGCGAAGGCGUCAGAAGCUGCGGCGAGGGCUGAAAAGACUGCCAGAGACGCGAUUGAGCGUGUCAACAGGGCUGCGAAGCGAGCCCGCGACGCGGAGGCGCGAGCAGCAAAGGUGCGGAAGGAGGGGGAAAAGAGUUAAGAAGACAGGAGCUGAUACUCACCUCAAAGAAGUCGUCGAACAGUAAUCGAUAUCGAUAAAAAUUCGUAGAACAUCAAGAAAGUAAAGAUUUAUUUGAAUUUUUCUUCUCCUCGCUUCCGCUUUUCAAUGUUCUUCUAUCACGACUUCGCUUCUAACCACAUCUCGAGCGCGCCCGUCGCCAGGCGGCGAAGAAAGCUCGGGAGGAAGAACGCCGAAAGAUGCAGCGCAAGCUGGAUCAGCUCAGAAAGAGGUCGGCUAGAAAAGCUAACGAUCGCACUUCGCAAUCUGCAAGGGAGGCUGAAGUGGAUCGUCUUCGUGCGAAAGAAAGGCAGAAGCACGGGCAUCUCAAGGAAAAGCUGCGGGAACAGCUAGAGGGGGCGAAGCGUGAAGCAGUAGAGGAGGUCAGAGAACAAAUAUCGAGGGAGGUGAAACAACAAGUGAAUCGUGAGGCUGCGAAGGCUCGAAAGCAAUAUGAACAGCUAGCCAAAGCUGCGAAAAAGCGAGCUGAAGAUGCGGAGCGACGAGCGAGAGUGGCCGAAAAACGCGCGAGCGAGGCUGCAAAACGAGCCGAGGACGAGAAAUCCAAAAGGGCAGAAGCGAUGAUGAGAGCUCGCGAAAGAGAAAGUGCAUUGCGGGACAGAGCUAAAAAUGCUAAGGCACGUAGUGCUACAGCAUCAUCUUCGAGUUCGACCACAUCCACGACCUCUGAACAUCAACAAGCCUCUACUUCUACUACAAGGCAACUCGAGGAACGCAUUCGUGAUCUCGAAAGUGCCCAAUUGCGUGACCGCGAAGACCGACUGCGACGUCUCGAAGAUAGAUUAGAAGAGCAAGAGAGAAGAGUCGUGGAAAGUAGGGAUGCAGAUUCUAGUUUGACUUCUACUAGUGGUGCUACCUCCUCGUCCUCAACAAGAGCUAGUGGAGGUUCUUCUUCUACCCAACAACACGACCUCGACGAGGCAACUACGGUGGAAAAGUAUGCUAGAGAGCUAGAGGCACGAGCGGAAGCGGCUGAGUCGGCGAGACGGGCUGCCGAGAGCCGCGCGCGAGCGGCGGACCGGAGGGCAGAUCAAUAUGAGGCUGAAGCACGUGUGGCCGAAGCGGAGACCGAAAGACUCCGAGACCACAUGGCGACCGCGACUGCCACUUCUACUAGAUCUGGCACUACGCGUAGUUCUUCUAGUACUGCUUCAUCAGGGGAGGACAAGAAAACGUCGGAGGUUGCUUCUUUUAAGGCCUGUGACGAGGACAGUAUCUGUAUCAGUAAAGGUACUAGUUGUCUCUUACUAGACGUACUAGUGCUAUAAUUGGCGCUGACUGCCUGGGCUAGUAGCUUCUUUCUAAUUCUAGUCCAAUCUCCUCACACCUCUAACAUCAAUUCUGGAGACGGUGAACGAGGAGUUACAGUCAAUAUCAACGUGAACGGCUGUCAAAACGGAUCUCAAGGUCGAGAAUCCUCCUAUGAUGCAGAACAGGAGGAGUCUUCUGAGAGGUAAUGUACUUAAGUAAUUGUUUGGAUGAGAAGCAAAAAGAAGAGCCUGUUGUAGAUGAUCCCUUGCUGUUGCUUUCGUCCGCCGCUAGUACUAGCAUUCUUGUACGAUGACUAAAUCUAAAAAAACUAGUACAUGUUCAUGUUCAUGUUCAUGUUCUUAGUACUCUUCUUGAAUGAAAUCUCCGUCCUCCGACUGAAUCUGAAAAGCAAGGUCCUCUAACGAAGAGACAGAACGUGAGCUGCAUAUGACAAGAAGCGAACUCGCAAGUACCCGAGAACAGCUUCAGGAAGCCCUACGAAACGAGGACCGUGGUCAUGGAGGCCGAGGCGGGGUAAGUAGCUCUAUCGACGCGGAUGACGAGAAUGAGGAGUACAUCGAGCAUGCAAGAAGGUUAUGAAUUUCUUCUGGAGCAGUUGUUACUCAUCGACGUCAUCUCUUGGUCGUGUGGAAAUUAUGCCCCAGGAGUUUUUAGAAGAUAUUAUCAUUAGCAUUCAUACUGCAUCUCCAGUUGUAUCUUCGAUUUAUCUCCUCUAAGUCGUGACAUCCUGCGCGAGCGUGGCCUCCCAGAGGACCAAAGCAGGCCUUCAAAUCAGGAACGACAUGAGAACAAGCGGCGUCAACUACAGCGGAUGAACAAGAGAGGCCGGAAAACCAGAAGCAGGAGCGCACGAAGUAGGAGUCGAAAUCGACAUUCUCGACGGCCAAGAACAGCACAUCAGUACAAGGGUGGAGAGUCACUUCCGGUGUGGGACUCUCCUGCUGCUCAGGGAACAGCUACAACGGAUAAGUCAAGAAAGCAGGACAUGCCAGAUGGACUCGUGGCAGGACAUGUUAUGGACGAAGAGCAACUCCAUCAAGAAGCAAAGCAGGAGGAUGAGAGGCUCGUGGCUGAAGAAAUAGGCGAGGAGAGUAGCGCCACUACAGGUGGUAGCAGCACAAGGAACAAGAACAACAGGAAGAUCAUGAACGUCGCUGAUGCAACACCGCGGUCACAUCAAGAACUGGAAAAUGAAGUAGAUGGGCUUCCGAUGUUGCUACAUCCGCUAGAAGUUCCUGACGUUCAUACGCAGAGUAGACUGCAGGAGAACGAUCAUCAAGAGGAGCUACCUAUGCUAGUGCCUGCAGCUGCUGUAUUGGGUAGAGUUAGCAGCUAA